AGAUUAAAAUUGAUGUGGUUCUUUUAGUAAAUGCAAUUCAAGUGAAGUGCCUUGGUCUCAUAAUGCAAAUCACUCCCACAUCGAUCUAAUUGAAUCUAUAAGUGGCUAUUUGAUUAAGACUUUAAACUCUUUUGUGAACACAAAUUUAGAGACCACUUAAAGCAUCCAUGUGCAACAUUUUACUUAUUUUAGAUGGCAACUUAAACCCUAGUCAAUAAAUAUGGUCAUUGGAAUAGGUGAGGAUGUGAGAAUUUGGAAGGGUUUGUCAUGUUUCAUUGCUUGCUUGGGUUUUGUUUAGUAUGUUGGUAGAUGGACACAGAUCUAUAUAUAUUGUAUUUCAUCGGGAAAAGAAGAAAAGAAGAAAAGAAGACUAGAGAAAAAACAAGAUGUGCAUUGUUGCAUGGCUUUGGCAAGAUCAUCCUCUCUACCCACUAAUCCUUUUGCACAAUAGAGAUGAGUUUCAUGAUAGGCCUACGGAUCCAGUGGGAUGGUGGGGAAAAUGCACCAAGAUCUUGGGAGGAAGGGAUGGCUUAUGCGGCGGAACAUGGUUGGGUUGCACGAGGGACGGAAGGUUGGCUUUCCUCACCAAUGUGUUGGAGCCUGAUGUCCUCCCCUGCGCAAGAACAAGAGGAGACUUGCCUCUUAGGUUUCUUCAGGGGAGGAUGAGCCCACUAGAAUUUGCAGAGGAAUUGAAGGAGGAAGCAAAUGAGUAUAAUGGGUUUAAUCUCAUAGUUGCUGACAUUUCUGCUAAGCUCAUGGUUUAUGUAUCAAAUAGACCAAAAGGGGAACCUGUUACUAUACAAAUGGUCUCACCAGGCCUUCAUGUGCUUUCAAAUGCGAAAUUGGACACCUCCUGGCAUAAGGCACAAUGCCUUCGCGCGGGUUUCAUCAACCUAAUUCUAAAUUAUGGAGAGGAAGAGGUUAUCCAUCCCAUAGACAUGAUCGAGAAGCUCAUGUGUGACACCACAAAAGCUGAUAGAGAAAGCUUGCCCAACACUGGCUGCGAUCCGGACUGGGAACUCAAUUUGAGCUCCAUUUUUGUUGAGGUCAAGACCAAACUAGGACUCUAUGGAACAAGGAGCUCUGCUGCUUUGACUGUGAAGGCAGAUGGAAAUGUUAGCUUCUAUGAGAAAUACUUGGAGAAUGAAGUGUGGAAGGAGCACACUGUGGCAUAUGAUACCGAGAAGAUACAUUAG